CCGGCCUUAACACCGCCAAUCGUUGAUCUCGUCGACUUCCCAAGCACUGAGCGCCAUGUGAUGUCGGUACAGGAACCGAAAGGGACAUAUAUGUCUUGUCCUGUUCGCGAUGGAACCAAUACUGUUGACUGCUCCAUAACAACGGCAUAACCGUAUCCGGGACAUUCCCGUUUAUCGUCGCACAUUUCCGGUUUCUCGCCAUGUUCCAAGCACUCAUCUCGGCACUCCUUUCACUUGCAGGUAUUGGGGUCGUCUUGGCCGUAGCUCUGGCGGUCACCAUAUGGCGAGCCUUCUUUACCCGUCUUGCCUCGGUGCCCGGGCCGGCCAUUGCCCGCUUCACGGACCUGUGGUAUGCCUACCGCAUCUACCGGGGCAGUUUCGAGAAGGACAAUGUCCGACUCCACCAAAAGUAUGGACCGGUUGUGAGGUACGGCGUCAACCGCUUCAGCAUCGCCGACCCCCAGGCAGCCAGCAUCAUCUACGGUCCUGCCAGUAAAUUCACCAAGUCUUCCUGGUACCAGACCUGGGGCACCCCUUCCUCCCACGCCUGGUCGCUCUUCAGCGAUCAGGACGCCAAGCGCCACGCCUCCAACCGCCGCCAGUACCAGAACACAUACAGCAUGUCCAGCCUCGUCCAUUACGAAUCCUACGUCGACGAGUGCGCCCAUCUGUUCUGCCAGAGACUGUCCGAGAUGGUCGCCGGCACCGACUGGAGCCGGCCUCUGGACAUGGGCCACUGGCUGCAGUGUUACGCCUUCGACGUCAUCGGCAUGAUCACGUACUCGAAACGCAUCGGCUUCCUGGACUUUGGCGAGGACGUCGGCGACGUCAUGCGGAAUCUCGGCGACCACCUGGCCUACGCGAGCGUCGUCGGCGUGUACCCGCUGAUGCACCCGAUCCUCUUCCGGGUGCGGAACUGGCUGGCCGGCUCGCGCGGCAAGGGGAGGCAGUUCAUUGUCAACUUCACCCAGGAGUGCAUGGCGGCGCACCAGGCCACGCCCAAGGCACAGGUUAUGGUUCCCGGAAAGAAUUAUGGCAAGGGCGAGGAGCAGGGACAGACGAUGGACUUCCUCUCCAAGUUUGUCCAGAAACACUCGCAAGACCCGGCCGUCUUCACCACGUACCACGUUCUUUCGGGCUGCGUGUCCAACAUGGUGGCCGGUUCCGACACGACGUCCAUCAGCCUCAGCGCCAUCCUGUACCAUGUCCUGCACAACCCCGGCGUCCUGACGAAGCUGCGAGGCGAGGUGGACCAGCACUGCCCGCAGAACAAGGCUUCGCCCCAUAUCACGUUUGCCCAAAGUCAGGGCAUGCCGUACCUUCAGGCCGUCAUCAAGGAGGCGCUGCGAAUGCAUCCGGCCACGGGCCUGCCGCUCGAAAGAGUGGUUCCCGAAGGGGGCGCAACUAUUAGCGGAGUCUUCUUUCCAGAAGGGGCGAUUGUAGGAAUCAACAGCUGGGUGGAGCACAACAACAAAGCGAUAUUCGGCGAUGACACAGACAGGUUCAACCCGGACAGAUGGCUCCAGAAGGACAAGGAGAGGAUCGGUGCCAUGAAUCGGCAUUGGAUGCCGUUUGGCCUGGGCUCUCGCACCUGCAUCGGGCGGCAUAUUUCGAUGCUCGAAAUGUGCAAGCUGGUGCCGAGGUUGGUUCGGGAUUAUGAUAUGGAACUCUGCAACAUGGGACAGUGGCAGACGAAGGACCAUUGGUUUGUCAAGCCCGAGAACUUCAAGGUUUUGGUUCGGCCCAGGCUGGUCGGCGAUGGGCCGUGACUUGGAUUGGUAGUUGCGGUAAAGUACCUGUGGAGUGUUAUUCUCCGUGACCAGGUACUUCAAAUCACUAAGAUUUCACGUCUCGUACGGAGGUUUAUUGAAUCAAACCGUGUACCUACAAUCCAACGGAACUACCUACUUGCUGCACUCAAUUCACUAGGGAACUUGCUCGACUUGCUAGCUUCUCAAAGCUAAUCAUCUUCCAUUCACUAUGAUCAACCAAGCCUCGGUCCGAAGCAUCGGGGGUCGUCCUUUCACCUUCUCCUCACGGAAUGAAGGCAGAAGAAAAUCAAUCUUCUCGCUCAUGUU